UCUUUAUACUCCCUCCUUUUCUUUCUCCUCGUUCUGGCUCUCUUGCGAUGGUGGGGGACGCCGCCGUGGCCGACAAGCCCUCGGUGUCGCCGGCGAGCGGCGAUUUCGUCAUCCGCCACUGGCGGCGGUUCCGCCCGGCGACCAGACCGGUGGCCCUGGACGUCGGCCGCGCCUCCCCCGGUGAUUUCGAGCGCGGCCAUCGGACCGGAUACACCAGCCUCCGCGACCUCAUCGGCUCGCCUCCGCUCCCAAGCGGGGCCCUGUCCCCGGCCUCCCCCUGCGGCGGCGACGCGGGAGGGGAGAUCCGGAUCAAGAACCGCCUCGUGAAGCAGGCGGCGUACGCGUACCUCCAGCCGACACCGUCCGCGGGGGGGCACGACUUGCACCGCCGUCGCCGCUGCUUCAGAUCGCUCCGGCAAGCCCUUGUGUUCCUCACAUGCGGCAUCGCGGUGGAGCCGCUCGACUCCUGCAUCGAGUUCCUCCGCCGCCUCUUCCGCCGUCCACGGCGAUGACUCCUCUUGACCCCAGCGCUAACGGCGUUUGACGGCACAGCGUAACGCCAUCCAGAUGCCUUUGUUUGUAGGAUGAACUCGAACGAAUUUGGAAGGUUCGGGCCAUGCGAUUCACAACUGGAAGACGGCCUAGACAUUUUCGAAGAUUGGGACGGACCACCAGAUUCAAUGAAUUCUUUCAUCCUGGGAUCUUGAGAGAAGAAUAUACAAAGUUGAGGUCAGGGAUAAAAUGAUAGAAGGGGUUUUUCUGCUACUUCAUUUCGUCCCUUGGUUUAUAGUCAUGGAAGGUAAAGUUUUACUGAUGCACAUGAUAAAAAGAGGGGUCAAGGUGUUCAUCUAGUAGUCAUGACAAGUGAUCCUGAUGAAGAAGAAAAUGAUCGAUGAUGUGAGCUUGGUAUAGACACAUUGAACGUCACGAAUAACUGUGAUGAGUUUGGUCUUUACAAACCUGAUCAUGGUUAUGAUUCGAGUAAUGAGAACGAGGACGUCCAGAUGGAUAGCACUUAUGGUUCUAUGGGUAGAAAGACUUCCGGAUGGAUAGCCCUUUUGGUUCUAUGGGUAGAAAGAUUUAUUGAUAAAAGAGAGGGAGAGAAUUAUUUGAGAGAACUUUUGGCUAAGUCUAACAGAAAGAGGGAGAAGUGUUAGAGAAGAAGGAAGACUAUAAAAAAUAUCUGGACCCAAUUCACUUGGAUCACCAGAUAGUCACCCGAUGGUGUCAAGACACCAAAACAAGGUAGAAAGGAGUAUCAUUAUGGGGAAAGACACCCGUCCAAGCUUAGUGAAGAUUCUCUAUGGAUGAAAAGAAGCAAGCUAUAAUAUGGAGCAACCAAAAAGAUGCUGGGAAAGGAUAUCAGAAUAAAAUGCUGCCGCUCAACGUGGGAAGGAAGCUCGAAUAUGGCAACGGUGUGAUGGGCGUCGCAUUAAGUGGUGCAAUUACGUUCCGUUGUAUGCAUUCAGAGACGAAGCAAAUGGUUGACUGGUCAAGACGAAGAGCAGGAAGAGAAGGGGAAACAGGAGAGAGAGAGAGAGAGAGAGACGAGACUGGUUCAUGUUUUCCUGUUGCUGCAGAGGAAGUCGAGAAGAACGGCGUUUUUGCACUUGGGGCAGCACUUGGGGUCCUCCUCGGGGAGCAUCACGUACAUGAGGCAACGGGGGCAUGCGGCGAGCACCAUCGACGUCGCCUCGGGGCUGGUUUGGCACGGCAGCCCCUGCUCGGUCUCCGACGAUAGGCACGAGGAGGAGGAGGACGACCCACGGGGGGAGUCGACGACGGUGGCUGCCCUUCUUGACGCGUCUUCCCUCAUCGGCGGCGCAAGGUUCAGCUUCAGGUCAACCUUGUGACUCUUCCCUUGGUUGCUGCGGCGGCUCAUCCUUGUUCUCUGCAGGCAACCAUAUAACAGCAGUAGCAUCGGAAAAGCUAUCAUGUGCAUGGUAGACACCGAUACAUAUACCUAAGAAGCUGGAGGAGAGGCAGCUACCUUCAGCAGUAGAGAUCGACGACGAGUGGAUCGACGGGGAAGAAGAGUAAGGGGUGGAAUCUCCACCACUACGCGUGCACGCCGUUUAACAGUGUUGUGGUGGGGAAGAUGAGCCUCCGAUGCCAUUUAUAUAAGAAGGAUAUGUAUGGUAUUGUUUUGUGUGUGCCCGCGAGAGAGAGGGAGAGUAAUGGCAAAAAAGAUGGAAACCAUAUUGCUCGGUCAGGCGGUGAAAAUUUGGAACAAAGAGAAGGGGUAAGGGGCAAAACAGAGAGUGCGCGGGUGAAGUGGGGCCCGCACCACUCCGUGAGUGGAGAAAGUACGCGGGUGAGAAAAGCUUGUGACGUUUACAGGGCACAUUAAAAAUAAGCAACAAGGUUGACCGUGCUUCUUUACACCCUAUUCAUCUUAGAUUUGUUGUGGUGCAUUUUGUAUCUCAUAUUGUUUUCCAACAUUGACUGCUGCUGAUGUCGACCAAAGCUUUUCA